GCCACACUUACACUAUCACUAGUACUUUCCACCCCCACACCAUAUCAUAUAUUCUCUCUCUCAUUUUGAAGAGAAAAAAAAGAAGAAGAAAAUAAAAUAAAAUGGCCACCAUCACUGCAAGCACUCCAACUUCAUCCAUAGCGGCCACUGCCGUGGCCCGUAAGAGGGCGAUCGGGGCCUCUCCAUCUCCUGUUCUAGGUUUGCCGGCGAUGGCUAUGAAGGGAAGAGUGCGGUGCUCGGUGGAGGAGAAGCCUUCUGUAGGGGUAAACGGCACAGCCGUGAGUAUGGGUGCAUCAUUGAUGGCCGCUACAUGUGCGGCGACUGUGUCGAGCCCAGCCUGGGCUCUGGUGGAUGAGAGGAUGACCACUGAAGGGACAGGACUGAGCUUGGGUGUGAGCAACAACCUUCUUGGGUGGAUCCUACUUGGGGUGUUUGCCCUCAUCUGGGCCCUCUUCUUUAUCUACACUUCUACCCUUGAAGAGGAUGAAGAGUCUGGAUUGUCCCUCUAAGUGGGCUAAGGGGAAGGGCCACCCACAAGGGGAAAAGGCUUUGGUGGAUUGCAAUGGAAAGAAGAAGAGGAUGGCGCUUUGUAUGUUUGAUUGAGAACUCCACUCUUGUGUUGAACUUGUUUGCUUGUUGCUAUGUAUUUUUUAUUCUCUUGUUUUAGUUAGAAUUGCAAUUGUUAGAAAUGCAAUGAUGAAUACAGACUAAUAACAAUCUACCUUAUGAUA